GAACUACACAUUAUGUAUCCACAUAUCCCAUAACAUUUUUUUGUAUCAACUCCUAGCCACAUAAUGUACACCACUAAGCUCCAUCUCCUUCCUCUCUUCCUCAUCACCCUCCUCGGGCUCUCGUACGUGACUCAAGCCCGCUAUUAUGGCAACCAUCGACCUAAUCAUGGUGGUAUAGCCAUAUAUUGGGGCCAAAAUGGGUUUGAAGGGCGCUUAAAUGAAACAUGUGCCACAGGGAGGUACAAAUAUGUUAACUUAGCUUUUCUUAACAUUUUUGGUGGGGGGCAAGUCCCGUCCCUUAACCUAGCCGGUCAUUGUGACCCGGCUUCUGGUGGGUGCGUUGGCUUAUCUAGUGAAGUCGAGUUUUGCCAAGCUCGAGGCAUUAAGGUUCUUCUUUCCCUAGGGGGUGGUGUAGGGAACUACUCUUUUUCCUCCAAGAAUGAUGCAAAAGGCUUUGCCAAGUAUCUUUGGAACAACUUUCUAGGAGGCCACUCAAAGUCUAGGCCUCUUGGAAAGGCACCACUAGAUGGUAUAGAUUUUGAUAUUGAGUCGGGAUCCACCUUAUAUUGGGAUAACUUGGCAAGAUUUUUGAAUAGAUACAACGGCUAUGGAAGAGGAAAAAAGAAGGUGUACCUAAGCGCUGCCCCUCAAUGCCCAUUUCCCGAUAAAUAUUUAGGCACUCCCUUAAAAACAGGGCUAUUUGACUACGUAUGGGUCCAAUUUUACAACAAUCCCCCGUGCCAAUAUAAUGGUAGCACUACCAACCUUAUUGAUUCAUGGAAUUUUUGGAGCUCACAAAGCUACAUAACAACGUUGUUCAUGGGGUUGCCGGCCGCCAAUCAAGCAGCCGGAAGUGGCUUUCUACCACCAGGCGUGCUAACUUCUCAAGUUCUUCCUCUAAUCAAGAAAUCACCCAAAUAUGGAGGUGUUAUGUUUUGGUCCAAAUAUUGGGACGAUCAAAGUGGCUACACUAAACAAAUUGUCAAGGAUGUUUGAAUAAUUAAUUAAUUGUCUUACCACAAUAUUCACUUACUUAAUUUAUUUUAUGUAUUUCGUAUCAUAAAUUGAUAGUUUUGUAAGAUUAACGAGUGAUGGCUGUAAUAAUUGUAUGUAAUUCAAUGCGUGUAAGUUUGACUUCUUCUUUAUAGUUAAAGCUCUGACUUUGGCAUGUGCAAAAGUGUGCAAAUUAAACUAUGGAUGAUGGAUCUAAUUCUUAA